CGCCAUGUAAGACCAUUGGCGAGUCGGGACAUCGAGAAACACUUCAAUUCACCACAGUCCUCCUCGGAAAAAAAAAAAGGUUUGCCACUUCAUGGACGCACGGGGAAGCAGGACGUGUCCGGGACGUGCUGAGGAGCCCGGGGUUUAAUGUCAGGCGUUGACCCUCGGACGGCGCUUCUUCAUCCGAGCAACAGGCUGAUCAGGGCGGAGAGGGAUGAGCGGGGGUCGCUUCGAGUUCGACGACGGCGGCGCCUACUGCGGCGGCUGGGAGGGAGGGAAGGCCCACGGCCACGGCAUCUGCACCGGACCCAAGGGUCAGGGCGAGUUCUCCGGGUCCUGGAACUACGGCUUCGAGGUGGUGGGGGUCUACACCUGGCCCAGCGGGAACACAUACGAGGGCUACUGGUCGCAGGGCAAGCGCCACGGUCUCGGGGUCGAAAGCAAAGGACACUGGACUUACAGAGGGGAGUGGACCCACGGCUUUAAGGGCAGAUACGGGAUCCGAGUCAGCGUGGGCAGCGGCGCCAAGUACGAGGGCACGUGGAAUAACGGACUCCAGGAUGGAUACGGAACUGAAACCUACGCAGACGGAGGCACAUUUCAAGGUCAGUUCACCGGUGGGAUGCGGCAUGGCUAUGGGGUUCGCCAGAGUGUUCCGUACGGCAUGGCGGCAGUCGUCCGCUCUCCUCUUCGUACCUCCCUGACCUCCCUCCGCAGCGAGCACAGCAACGGCACCGUCCUGCAGCAAGACAUCCCAAUAAUCACCACCACCAACGCGUCCGGCGAAGACACGCCCAUCGCCACGCCGACUCAGCUCGGCCCGUCGCGCGGUGGAUUUGCACUGACCCUUCAGGUGGAUCCUGAUGCGGUGAAGCCGAAGAAGAAGGGCCUGUUUCAGCGCAGCUCUCUGUUGGGUAAGCUGAAGAAGUCGGACUCGAGCACCUCACUGUCCAGCCAGAAGAGCAAGAUCAGCUUCCUGAGGACAGAGUCCGCGCUCAGCUCCAAUGCCAGCGACACCAACUCCACCAUCAGCAUGGACGAGAGCCUCGCCGGAGCGGAGGAUUUCCCCCCGGUGGAGGCCGACAUCGACGCCACCACCACGGAGGUCUACAUGGGGGAGUGGAAGAACGACAAGAGAUCGGGCUAUGGAAUAAGCGAACGCUCCAGUGGGCUUAAGUAUGAAGGAGAAUGGCUGAACAAUCAAAGACACGGCUACGGCUGCACCACCUUUGCUGAGGGCGGCAGAGAAGAGGGCAAGUACUUGAACAACAUGCUGGUGAAAGCCAUUAAGAAGAGAGUGAUCCAACUGAAGGGAACCAAGAUCAAGCAGAAGGUGGAGCGAGCCGUGGAGGGCGCUCAGAGGGCGGCGGCCAUCGCCAAGCAGAAGGCGGAGAUCGCUGCUUCCAGGACGACUCAUUCGAAAGCCAAGUCUGAUGGAGCGGAACAGGCAGCGCAGGCCGCCCACGGUGAAUCCAGCAUCGCCAGACUGGUGGCCAAAGAGCUCUCCCCGACCUUCUACCAGCCAGGUCCAGAGUAUCUGAAGAAGCGGGUGUUCCAGGAGGGGAUGGAGGGAAGUGAGACCACCGACACUGGCAUGCACGAGCCGCUCCUGGCGGAGGAGGAGCCGCUGCCGACGCCCCCUGAAAGCCCCCUCAUGAAUGAACUAGACAGCCUCAUGCCGGGCUCCACUCCCAACCGCACCCCCUCCCCGACCCCGGGUAUCUUCCUGAAAGAGGACCCAAAGUACCUCGGUCCAGGCGGCUGGAACGAGGAGAAGGCAAGCAAAGGAGGCAGCGGAAAAGGCAGCAGGCCGGGAAGCCGCUCCGCCACGCCCUCAGUACCUGUGUCAUCCCCUGCCCCGGCCCCUGUCCCGGCCCCUGCCCCGGCCCCAGCCCCCGCACCUGCCCUGCCCACUGCCCCGGCCUUAGCUGUACGUGAGAGCAACGCCAGUCGUGGCUCAUCCCGGACACCGAGUCGCCAAAGUGUCAAAAAUGACGGCAGCUCUGAUCUGGAGAUCAAGCCUCUGCAGAAGUUUGAGUCCGAUGCUGCGCCCCGAGCUGCUGCUGCUCCUGAGAGACAUAAAAGCCUCAUCCUGCCCGAUGACGAAACAGAAGUGCCUCUGCCCACCUCCUCCAAACCUGUCACCCCGGAGCCCAAAGUCCCAGAGCCCAGUCCUGAAAGAGCUCUGCCGACGCGCAACCGUGUGUCGGGGUCCGCUGCUGAGAUCAAGGCAGAGUACAGAGAGGCGAACAGGCCGUCCACCAAGGUCGAGGCAACGCCGUCGCCGAAACGGCAGCCAAGUCCGGCGCCAGUUCCUCGAGCUGCCACCAAACUUGAACCUAAGACUUUACCCAAGCCUGUCGAAGCCAAAGCAAUUGUAGCCAAAGCACCGCUGAAGGUGGAGCCCAAAGCUGAGACACGUCUGAAGGCGAUGAUCACCAGCUCAAGCACUGAUGCCGCGCCAGGCCCGUCAGACAUGGAGGGGCCGAACACCAUCAUGAUCAGCAUGGUGAUCCUCCUCAACAUCGGGCUGGCCAUCCUCUUCGUCCACAUUUUGUCAUGAGACAUCGGCCUCCAGCUCAGGUCACCAGAGGAAGCUGGCCCGCCUCCGCGACACCUCCAUGAGGGGCCUCUCGUCUGACCGUGUGAGGACCAGACGGAGGAGUCUCUGACGCUCAUUGGCUGGAUUCUGGUUCAUGUGCUACUUUGUGUGGUCUGGUGGAAGCACGAGUGGCAGAAGCACAGCCAGAGUUCACCACUAUUCAUUUGGAAUACUGCUCUUUAUUUCCCACACCUCCUAAAAACAAGCAAGUUCUGCCGCAGUAUUGGUCGCUCCAGUCCAGAAGAAUGCAUCAUGCAGAAGAAAAAACACUGGACUAUCAUUUUAGGUGGAUGUUUAUAUUACUUCAAUUGCAUGAAGCGGUGACACCACAGUGGUCCUCACUUCUCCCGACUUGAAUCGUGUCGUGGUAUGUAGCGUAAGAUGCAGGCCGACUAAGAAACAAGGUUUUUUCACGUGUUGCACCAAUGACAGAAAAAAAAACUUGCUUUUCUCAUCAGUUUCUCUCACCUGGUCCGUCCCUUCUGGGGUCCGGGCGGUACACGGGAUCUAGUGAUGCGAAUGUCAUUUUGUUACUAUGAUGUUUCUUUCCAUAUAAAGACACAAGAGCCACCAUAAAGUUGCUGUGAGGCUUAAACACGAGUGACCACGGCAGAUUUCGGGCUUCCCGAAGCGAGUUAAGCGAAGUUAUCUGUUGCAUUGAUAAAACUUUAUGUUACAUUUAGAACUGAUAAAAAAGGGAUGAUUUACGAUUUGUUGCAAGUUAACUGCUUUAGUCCUAAAAAACAGCCAUAAAAAUUAUAUAUUUUAUUAUCGACAAAUGGCUCCUGAGUAGAAGAAACUUGAAGAAAAAAAAAUAGACUUUUAGUCCAGAAAAUACGCAUCUUGUUUCUGUGUUUUUAUGCUCUGGCAUUUAUGUUCAUGAACUCUCUUUUUUUGGAGCUGACUUCUGUACUUGACACUCCGGAGUUGGACACUGUGAAUUUCUCUUGCAUUUAUUGUGAUGUUAUAGUGCUUUAACUGUCAAAUAAGCAGAGGAAGGCAAAAGAAAGUGGAAUAUCUGUCUGCUGUUUCUGUGUAUGCCUGUGUGCGUCUGUCCUGCUUUGGCACCCAGGUGGUUCGACGGUGGCGGUUUGAGCAAAUGGAAGUGCAGAUGAUGUUGUGCGUCUCGGGAUCUGGGCCUUGUGUCAUGAUGAAGAAGGAGAAACACGCUUUACACGCGAGGUGUUCCACAGCCAAAGAAAAGAUUGUAGUCACGUGUUUGUUUGUGUCCCCCUUUUGUGACACGUAAGCAUUCAUAUUGUCAAAAACCUUGAGUUUUUUUUGCUGAAAGUUCAUGGCGGUGUGGAGAAGAAACAAGUAGAAUGAUUCUUAACUCUGUGUCUUACAUAACGGCAGCACUCUCCAACUGUUUGCUGGGAUUUAUUUCAAUGUUUGUCACUCAAAUCACAGUUUAUCUGCUCCUAAAUACUGAUGGGUUUGUGGCUCGUGCUGAAAAUAUUUAAAUGUGCUUUAAGACGACGAGCGCAGUUCAAG